AUGAGUGUGUGUGUGUGUGUGUGUGUGGAGAGAGAGAGAGAGAGAGACAUAGACUGAGCCCCUAACACGGAGCAUGCCUCUGCGUCCGGCAGCCGGCAAACAUGAGCCACCCCGCUCUCCACGGCAGGACCAGCAGCUGCACACACACACAUACUCACACACACUCACGCACCCCUACACACACGCAGCGAACGGCAGCCAGGGGGCCAGCACUGACAGCAGCAGCUCCCGGGAAGAGGAGAACGGCGCACCCGUUCCUCACGCUGUUCCGCUUUUCGGUCCCGGUGGAGAGCACGGCAACAGUGCAGGAGCACCCAUGGAGGAGCCGACGGGCAACACUGUGGUCAUCCGCAUUGGAAUCCCAGACCUACAACAGACGAAAUGUCUGAAAUUCAAUGUGGAUGCACCAAUCUGGCGGUCCAAGCAACGAAUCCUGUGUACCCUCAACCAGAGCCUGAAGGAUGUACUCAACUAUGGCCUAUUCCAGCCAGCUUAUAAUGGAAAGGCUGGCAAGUUUCUGGACGAAGAGAGACAGCUUAGGGAAUACCCUUUCCCAUCCAUUGCUCCUGUACCUUACCUGGAGUUCCGCUAUAAAAGACGUGUCUACACUCAGACCUACUUAGAUGAAAAGCAGUUAUCUAAGCUUCACACCAAGGCAAACUUGAAGAAGUUCAUGGAGUAUGUGCAGCAGAGGAACAUUGAAAAGGUCUCACGAUUCUUGGAAAAAGGCCUGGAUCCUAACUACCAUGAUCCCGAUACAGGAGAAUGCCCACUAUCGCUGGCAGCACAGUUGGAGGGAUGUUCAGAGCUCAUCAAAGUGCUUAAAAAUGGAGGAGCACAUCUGGACUUCCGAACAAAGGAUGGCAUUACUGCCUUGCACAAGGCUGUGCGCAGCAAGAACCACACUGCACUUAUAACACUGUUGGACUUGGGUGCUUCACCUGACUAUAAAGACAGCAGGGGUCUUACUCCUCUCUACCACAGUGCAAUGGUUGGAGGAGACCCCUACUGCUGCGAACUGUUGCUGCACGACCACGCACAGGUCAGCUGUGAGGAUGAGAAUGGCUGGCAGGAGAUACACCAGGCAUGCCGCUAUGGCCACGUCCAGCACUUGGAACAUCUGCUGUUCUAUGGAGCUGAAAUGAGUGCCCAGAAUGCAUCUGGAAACACCGCCCUACAUGUGUGUGCUCUCUACAACCAGGAUAGCUGUGCACGUGUUCUGCUUUUCCGAGGAGCCAAUAAAGAAAUAAAGAACUACAACAGCCAGACUGCUUUUCAGGUGGCUAUAAUAGCAGGAAACUUUGAUCUGGCAGAAAUCAUUAAGGUUCACAAAGCAUCAGAUGUUGUGCCUUUCAGGGAGACCCCCUCUUACACCAACCGUCGACAUGUUGUGACUGGCACCCUGCCCUCACCACGAUCCUUGCUGCGCUCUGCGAGUGACAAUAACCUGAACGGUGACCAUGAUCACAUCCACAGUCAGCGCCCUAGAGAAUCCCGUGGCCGCCCCGGUCACUCCCCUGUCCCCUCACUGCGCAGUCUUCCAGCUUUUGGACAAAAGCACAGCAGCCUCGGAGAAGGUCGACAUGGAGAGAUCCCUGACAGCAGUCUCCAGAGUACUGGCAGCUCCAGAUCCUCCCAUUCUCGUUCCCCAUCAUUACAUCACAUGCAUGAAGAUGACAAGCCAGUGCCCAGACGUUCCCACAGCCAUGGCUACCCUCUCGGACAUGGUCCUCGUGGAAGACUCAGCCCUGGCUCAGUGCAGCGAGAUCCAAGCCCACCUCAUCACACCCCUCCUGCACUGACAGGCCCUCGUGGGCCCAAACGGAAGCUCUACAGUGCUGUCCCAGGACGUACCUUCAUAGUGGUCAAGCCCUACGCCCCUCAGGGGGAGGGAGAGAUCCAGCUCAACCGUGGAGAACGGGUCAAAGACUUUGACUGUAAUGACGUAGAAGUACUAAGUAUAGGUGAAGGAGGUUUCUGGGAAGGCACUGUCAAAGGAAGAACUGGUUGGUUCCCCGCAGACUGUGUGGAAGAAGUUCAAAUGAGACAGUAUGACCCAAGGCUAGAACUGAGGUAUUUAUAGGCGUUGGUCUCUGCCUCUGAUACUUACAUGGCAACAAGAAGCUCUGAAGGCUCUUCAGCA